GAGAGAGAGAGAGAGAGGCAGAGACACAGGCAGAGGGAGAAGCAGGCUCCAUGUAGGGAGCCCAACGUAGGACUCAAUCCCAGGUCUCCAGGAUCACACCGUGAGCUGAAGGCAGCGCCACCUGGGCUGCCCUUGAAGCUCCAGUUCUGCAUCACCAGCCUCAUUAUCUUUCCUAAGCUUCAGACUUGCCUUUUGUUGUUCUCCUUGAUAAACUUUGUAAGUAACGGUCGUUUUGUAACCUGUAACCUUGAAUCCGUAGGUUCAGAAUUAAACUGUUUCUUCUCCAAACUUAAUUCUUCAGUCAUUUCUUUGUUUAUAUUAAUGAUCUUAACAUUUUCUUAGUCAUCUAGUCUUAAAAUCAAAGGUCACCUUUGAUUCAUCACUUUCCUUUUUCUCAGAAAUUCUUUGUCAUUGUGUUGCAUUAUGGUUCAGGAAUCAAGUUCUCCUGCUGCUUUUCCAUUUUCCUAGCAACAAAAAAACUUUUAAUCCCUUUGUCUCAAUUGCCAUUAAUAAGAGACAUCCCUAAUCUCUAGGUUUUGCCAUUCAUCAUGCAUACUGCUGUCAAAUUAAUUGAGCUAAAGGCAGUUCUUCUUUUUUUUCUUUUUUACCUAAAGGCAGUUCUGAUCAUAUUUUCCCAGCGUGACCGAAGCAAACAGAACAAAAAAACACUUACUGAAAUAUCUUAUGUCAGCCUUUGUGCUAAAUGCUUUGUUCUCAUUUGGUCCUCAUAAGUUUUAUGUUGUAGAUACUACUUUCCCAGUCUACAGAUGAAGAAAUUGAUAUUUUAUGAGCCUGGAGGGUUGCUAGUAGGUAGAAGAGCUGGAAUUCUGAGUUCUUGACCACCAUGCCUCCACUGAGUGACUCCUGAUCAACUCUAGAAUGAAGUUCGUAUUCCUCGGUAUUGCCUUUCAAAAUUAAUUAUUUGGCCUCUGUGCUCUUUUUUAAAUUUGGUUCUUGUUUUAUUCAAACUUGUGUUUACAUUCUUUCUAGAUGUAAACUUUUGGUUUCUUCUGCAUCUCCACUUGUAAUUUUCUCCCUUUCCUAUCUCUGCCUUCUGAAGUCCUUCAAAUAAAAGGCUAGUUCAUAUACUGUGUUUCCCUAGAGCCCCCUCUUCUCUAUCUUCACAGUGAUUAAAGUCUACUCUUACUUGUGCAGUUACUUCUUGAUAACAUUUUAUUCUGAAAUUGUUUUUGAGUACUCUAACAGUUGUAAUUGAAUUAUAAAAUGCCUGAAAGGAGAAACCAUGUCUUAUUGUGGUUAUCUCCCACCGAAUGCUCAUAUGUGUGAACAAAUAGGAAAAUGAUUUCUAGUCAGCUGCUCCUUUCAUGGCAUUUAAGUAGUAGUUGAUUUUAGUUGCUAGAUGACACAUACAGUAGUUCACUGUAGUUUUUAAUUGUGUAUAUAUGUAACAAAACCAGAUUGUCUUGUAGGCUAUCUAAUGAGUUUUUUAUUUUCAGAUUGAUUACUGGGUAAUGCUUUUUUCCCCUAUAUUCACAUGUCUGUGUUAUUGUAUAUAAAACUCUUAAGGUUAAUGAUUUGGUGUGUGAAUUCUUUUCCAUGUUGUUGAAUUAGACACAUUUUCAAAUGAACUGCAAUGUUAUAAUUCUUUGGCCUCAGUUUCUUCUAUACUUAUAUGGAUAUGAAAGGUAGAAUAAAACUUUCCCUAUACUGCAGUGUCAUUUUCUGCUUUAUGGUGAUACCAGGAAUCUCCAGCUAUGUGAUUAGCUGAAAUGCCCUCACACAGAUUACACAUAACUCUUUGCUUCCUAAAGAAUUCAUGUGAAAUUUCAGACUAUUUGGAUCCAUCAAGGUUAAUGGUUAUCAUGUAGAGUUUUAUGAUUUUGUAUUUCUCUUAUGUCUGUCUUUGUGUCCCAUAUGUGUUAGAGUGUAACAACUUAAGUAAUUAUUGCUUUAUUAAAUAAAAAUGCUUGCUGUUAGAAAUUGAUAAGGUAAGAUAUUUUGGUGAUGCUGUUGGGGCAGUCAUUGGGGUUUCUUUUGGAAUGCUAAAUGUAUGAUUAUAAAGAAGUGAGGUUGAUUUUCAAGGACAUCAAUUUGUUGUUCUGCCUGCUCUCAACUUUGAAGUAUUAACAGCAUCACAAAUACUCUAAAGAUAAAAGUUUUAAGCAAGUUUAAAAUCAUUGAUUUUAAAAUUAGGUAAUAUAGUCACAUGGUUCAAAUUUUAAACAUAGAAAAAUUUUAUAAAUUGGAAAUGUCUCCCCAUCAGCCUCCUACUUUCCCUACUAGGAGGUAGCCAUUCAUCUCUGGAAUGAUAUAAAAGAAACUAUUAAUUUACUGUAUGCAAGUAAAUAUGAAUACUCUUUUUCUUUCUGCUUACAUAAAGAUAAGGCACACUGCACACAGUUUUUCACUUGCAUUUUGCACUUAAUUUAUCACUAAUAUUCCAUGUUACAUGGUAGUAAAAAGAUUCAUUCUUUAAAUUAUUUUUGCAGCCUCAAAGUGUUUGCUAUAUAUAGCGUACAUAUGUAGAUUGUAUAUAUAAUAAUUUAACUGUAUUUUCUAUUGGUGGGUGUUUAGAUGAUUUUCAGUUUUUUUUACUGUUCUAUCACAGCAACACUUUGAGGGAAGAGAAAUAAAAAGUAGCAACUCUUUCCCUGUAGCAGAAAAUAAAGCUUGAAUCUGAAAUGGUUAUAUUUUCUGGCCUGGUGAUUAAUAGAUAAGUUAAUGGAGAAUCAUGCAAAAAUGCUUGCUGGAAUUCAUAGCUGACUAUUGAAUUGGAGGGGUAGGGAUGGCAGUGCUGAUGGGUAGCUUCUUUCAUGACCAGUUGUUUGCUAUGGGCAAAGGUCAGCCCUGGAUGUGUUUAGAAAUUUGCUUCUGAGAACUGGUUCUUGAUAUCUGUCUGGAAACUGGCCUCUGGGAAUGUGGCCUCUAAUAAUAUAUUUAAUAUAAUAAAGCUGUUCAGGGGAUGAACUAAAUUUGUUGUAUCAUCUCAAAGGAAAUAUCAUGGCCUACAAUGCACUAUAUUUUAUGUGGUCAUUAAUUUUUUAUUGUAUUAUUAUAUGUUCAAAGAUAAGAUUUGAAUACUGAAAUGCAUUUCCUUCUUCAGCAAGUCCCCCUCCACAUCUGUUCCUCAGGGGUUGCUUGGGUAAUGGUUUUUUAAUAGUGUGGUGUGAAUCCUUUCAGACUUUUACAUAUAAACAGAAAUAACAUAUUCAUGCCUUUUAGGAUUGUCAUUGGGGAUUCUGGUAAGGAUGAUGAAAGUCUGAAUUGAAUGGAAUAACAAGUGAAUAAAAUGAUCACCAAAUACAAGCAUUUACCUGCAGGACAGUCUGUUUUUAAAAGGAUGCUGCUCCCUCUUGAGGCCAAUCUGGAAUCAUACUGCAUUAAAGUUUGAGAAUUUUGAAUCUGCUACAAAUCUUGGAUUAAUUUAUUUUUGGAAAUCAAGUGCAAUAUUAAAGGGAAAACAAACCACACUACAUUAUUGGAAGCCAUUUCUGCUAAUUUUAUUACAUUUUAAAAUUUAUGAUUUGAUUUGAAUUCUAUCAUGGGAGGAGCUGUGAGUGCUGGGGAAGAUAAUGAUGACUUAAUUGAUAACUUAAAAGAAGCUCAGUAUAUCCGCACUGAAAGAGUGGAGCAAGCCUUCAGAGCGAUUGAUCGCGGAGAUUACUAUUUGGAAGGCUACCGAGACAAUGCUUACAAAGACUUAGCCUGGAAGCAUGGGAACAUACACUUGUCAGCACCUUGCAUUUAUUCUGAAGUUAUGGAAGCAUUGAAACUUCAACCAGGAUUGUCUUUUCUUAACCUGGGAAGUGGAACCGGAUAUUUAAGUACAAUGGUGGGCUUAAUUUUAGGUCCUUUUGGAAUAAAUCAUGGGAUUGAGCUUCAUUCAGAUGUGGUGGAAUAUGCCAAGGAAAAAUUGGAGAGCUUCAUCAAAAAUAGUGAUAGCUUUGAUAAAUUUGAGUUCUGUGAACCUGCAUUUGUGGUGGGUAAUUGCCUCCAGAUAGCAUCUGACAGUCAUCAGUAUGAUCGAAUUUAUUGUGGGGCUGGUGUCCAGAAAGACCAUGAAAACUACAUGAAAAUAUUACUGAAAGUUGGAGGCAUUCUAGUCAUGCCUAUAGAAGAUCAGUUAACACAAAUUAUGCGAACUGGACAAAACACUUGGGAAAGUAAAAACAUCCUUGCUGUUUCAUUUGCUCCACUUGUACAACCAAGUAAGAAUGAUAAUGGCAAACCAGAUUCUGUAGGACUCCCCCCCUGUGCUGUCAGGAAUCUACAGGACUUGGCUCGUAUUUAUAUUCGACGUACACUUAGAAAUUUCAUAAAUGAUGAGAUGCAGGCCAAGGGGAUUCCUCAGAGGGCUCCACCCAAAAGAAAAAGAAAGAGGGUUAAACAGAGAAUUAAUACUUACGUAUUUGUGGGUAAUCAGCUUAUUCCUCAGCCUCUAGACAGUGAGGAGGAUGAAAAAAUGGAAGAAGAUAAAGAAGAGGAAGAGAAAGAUCACAGUGAAGCCAUGAAGCCCGAGGAGCCACCUCAGAAUUUACUGAGAGAAAAAAUCAUGAAACUUCCCCUCCCUGAAUCUUUAAAGGCUUACUUGACAUAUUUUAGAGAAAAAUAACUUAGAUCAAGAAGAAAGAAUGCCUACUGAUAAUUCCUUUGGUCUUGAAAAUGUAGCAUUUGUUAGGAGUUAAAAGAGAAUUCUUUCAUCAGUGCGAAUUAUAGUGAUAAAAGUAUAAUUUGUUUUGUCUUAGUAAUAAAAAUGAUGUAUUCAGUAAAUAAAAAGAAUCCCUUUUAUAAAAUAUAUUUUUCUUUAAAUCUUGGAAAAAAAUGCUGUUUUAACUCAGAGUGACUUCAAGAGUGGAAUGCAACAAUACUCAAGAUUUGUGUACUGUAAAUCCUUUUCUGGUUCCUUACAGAUUUGUAGUGCUGAGGCUUACAUUUAAUUUUGUAUAAGGUUAAAUAAUUAUUAAGCAUAUACUGAUUUUUGAAUUGCAGUUGUUUGCAUUUCCUCUAUGAAACCUUUCUUUUCUAAUCAGGAAAUCAAAUGCCGUAUAGACCACUGACCUUACUUUGUUGCAAUCACUAUUGCUGAGUCGCUGUAGUAUUCCGGGCAAUACAUGAGUGCAAUAACAAUACAGAUACUGAAUAAUUUAGCUUUAAAAAAAAAAAAAAACAAAAAAAAACAACGUUUCGUGAAAUUCAACAGCACUGCUACUUUUGCUUUUGAAUCUAUUGCCAAAAGAUAUGGGAAACUAUCUGCUUCUCUCAUAGAGAUUUUAAGAGCACAUCAAGUGAGUAUUAAAUAAAAAGUAUAUACCUAAUACAGUUCUUAAUUUGUGUGGACCCUUUACAUUUUCAGUAUUUAAAAAUAAUGAGGUUAUCUUAACUUGCUGGAGUUUUAGAAGAUAGUAUAUUUAGGUUUGGUUUUUCUAUUAUCCGCUGUGCUUUAUACAGUAUUUGGUUUAAAAAAGAAAACCCAUUGUUCUGUAUGACUGUUGACAGUGCAAACAGGGAGUAAAUGUGGGUAAUGGCCUCUUUCUUAGGUUGUGCUCAGAGGCAGGACCAGAGCAGAUUUGGUCAGCAGGUGCACUUUAGCAAAUGGAACUCCUAGUUCAUUUGAAUAUUUGUCUUUGACAAGGUAGGACUGAGCUAGCCUACAUUUGCUUCGAAUUCAUCUUUGUAGUGUAUGAGAUAUUCACAGGAAUUGUAUGUAGAUGCCUUUUGCUUUGAAAAUUGCGUUCAGAAUCAUAAGUUUAACCUUUGGGACCUAUGUUGUGCUCAUUUAACUUCUCGUGUGUGGGGGGGUUUGUUUUGUUUUUUGCUAAAAUUAUAAUGAUUUUCACUUUUUUCUUAAUACCACAUAAACUAUCCAUCAUUUGACUGUUAUAGCUUAUCAGUGAUAAAAGAGGUAGUAAAUGCCAUUUUUGGUUUCUUUCCUUCCUACUGGGGCCUGAAAACAGUCAUUCCUUGUUAAGAAAGUGUCACAUGGAUCAUGUAUUUUUUAAAAGGAAAAAUUUGAGAGUAUCACUACCACCAGCAUCACUAUUUCAGUAGUUGAUCAAAUACAUUUAAGGAAACCCAGUUGAUGUAUAGUAAAAGGAUUAUUAUCUCUUGAAAGAUUUAACUAUUAGUAAGACACAGAUGGUUUCAAAAAUCUCAAAUCUGGUAAUUCUACAUAUUUAAUUAAAAUAAGUGUCUGAAAUAUUCUAAGGAUGAAUUCUCCCAAGUAAAUUAGACUAUUUUAGUAAUGGGAAAUAUAAUUUCAUGGAAGAAGGUAUUUGUUUUAUACCAGUGACUUGGGGCUACAUGUAUCUCCACAUUUUUUUUAGAUGAUUACUAAGCUCUUACUAUAAAGGAAUAUCCCAUCUCAUUUCUAUCAAGGAAAAAAUAGUUUUAUACAAUUGUCAUGUUAGGAAUAUUCAUUUUAUUUUAAAUUGUUAGUUUUAGAAGCUUAAUAUCAAGUUCCUGGUACCCACAUAUUUUUAUCUAGUAUCUAUGUAUUUUUAUCCAGCACCCUUCCUUUGGCUGCCCUCUACACACUUUGUUGAUUUUGGAGCUAGUGUUCAGUUAUGUAAACAUAAAUAUUCUUAAAUGAUGAUUUUACUAUUCAAAAGAGAGUUUUUGUCAAGGACAUAUUUGAAGAUUGAUUUGUUCAAAUGGUCUUUUAUUUUGUUGACCUUAGCAAAGUGUACAGUAGAUUUCCAUUAUCAUUACAUAUUUUUUGUCAUUGAAAUGUAUCAUUUGUGUUUUUAAAUGCAUUCAUUCAUUUUACAGUUGUGACUUUAUCAUUGAUUUUAAAUAAAGAAGUAGAAAUAAAAAAUGAAAAUUCAA